GUAGGAACUGUCAAAGUCUUGGUGUGACUUUGUUGGAUGUGCAAGUUAUAAACUGGUAUAUAGAUUUUUGACUUAUCUGAGCAAAUGGUGGCAGUGAGGAGACAAUGAAGAGGUCAGGGUUCCUUUUUGUGACAGUGCUGUGCUUGGAGUUCUUCUGUCUAAUCUCCUCCCAGCCUCAGUCCAAGCUUCAGCAGUGUAGACCGAUGGUGGGUUCCUCUGCCCUGCCUGUGCUACAGAGGGACGGGAAUGUGAUGCUAGGGGGCCUCUUCUCCCUCCAUGACAUGGUGAUGCAGCCUGACUUCUCCUUCACCUCCAAACCAGCCCGCUCACGCUGCACCGGAUUUAACUUCCGGACAUUCCGCUGGAUGCAGACCAUGAUGUUUGCCAUCGAAGAGAUCAACAGAGAUGAUCAUCUGCUCCCCAACUUCACUCUGGGAUAUAAGAUAUAUGAUUCGUGCAGUACUCUUUACCAUGCCCUGAGGGCUUCUGUGGAACUGAUGGGGGGAGAAGGGGAAGGAGAGGUGGAGGGGGGAUCCUGUCAUGGCCUGGUUCCAGUGGUCAUCGGGGAUGGAGGUUCCACUCUGUCUCUGGUGGUGGCUCGCUUCCUGGGAGUCUUCAGAGUACCUCAGGUCAGUUAUUUCUCUAGCUGUGCAUGUCUCAGUAACAAGGCAGAGUUCCCAGCCUUCCUCAGGACCAUGCCCAGUGACUUCUUCCAGGUGGAUGCUCUGGUGCAGCUCGUCCAGCACUUUAGCUGGAAAUGGGUGGGUGUGGUUGCCGGGGACGAUGCAUAUGGUCGUGGGGGAGCACAACUAUUUUCUGAGAAGGUGCAGAGGAUCGGUGCCUGCAUGGCCCUCCAUGAAAUCAUCCCCAAAAACCAUGCGGAGGGGGCCAUGGCCUCCAUCGUUGCCCGUAUUCGGUCCUCUGGGGCUGCCGUGGUUCUGGUGUUUGCCCUGGAGCAGGAUGCUGGCUCUUUGUUUGACGAGGCCCUGCGGCAGGGUCUGACAGGGGUGCAGUGGCUGGCCAGCGAAGCCUGGAGUACAGCCUCAGUUCUCUCCACCCCAACCCGCUUCCUCCCCAUCCUCCAGGGCUCCAUGGGCUUCGCCAUCCGCCGAGCUGGGCACAUCCCUGGACUACAGGAGUUCCUGCUGCGUCUCCACCCCUCCAGCCCAGACGCUUCCGAGGACCCGUUCCUACGCCCUUUCUGGGAGGAGGUGUUUAGGUGUAGCCUGCAGGGUGAUGGGGGUGGAGAUAGUCAGGGGGGUAAACCUCUGUGCUCUGGGUCUGAGGACCUGGGCAGUGUCAGGAACAUCUACUCUGACGUGUCUCAGUUGAGGAUAUCCUAUAAUGUGUACAAGGCUGUGUACGCCAUCGCCCACGCACUGCAUGCUAUGAGGAGCUGUGAGACAGGAAGAGGACCUUUCCCUCUGCAUGCCUGCCCAAAUACUGACAGCAUACAGCCAUGGCAGCUCCUGCACUACCUGAAGCAGGUGGAGUUCUCUAACUCGUUUGGUGAUGAGACUAAGUUUGAUGUGAACGGGGACCCAGUAGCUGUGUAUGACUUGGUGAACUGGCAGUUAGGGGCAGAGGGCCAGGUGAAGUUUGUCACAGUGGGGAGGUUUGACGAGACUACCAGCCUGGGCAGGAAGAAACUAUACAUCCAGAAAACGGACAUCAUCUGGAAUGGAAACCAGACGACAGUCCCUCUGUCAGUAUGCAGUAGCAGCUGUCUUCCAGGCACUCGGAGGGCCAUCAGGCCUCACUUCCCUAUCUGCUGCUUUGACUGUGUGGUCUGUACAGCAGGGGAGAUUAGCAAUCAGACAGAUGCUAUAGAGUGUGUUCGCUGCCUACCUGAGUUCUGGUCCAAUGAGGAGUCUACAGCCUGCAUCCCCAAGCAGGUUGACUUCCUGUCCUACGGUGACACAAUGGGUAUGGCUCUGCUCUCCGUGGCCCUCCUGGGGUCCUUCUGCACUGCCACAGUCGUCCUCAUAUUUGCCUGUCACCACGCCACUCCCAUCGUCAGGGCCAACAACUCUGAGCUGAGCUUCCUGCUGCUCUUCUCCUUGACUCUGUGUUUUCUGUGUUCUCUUACUUUCAUUGGCCGGCCCUCUGAGUGGUCCUGUAUGCUGCGCCACACAGCGUUUGGGAUCACCUUCGUCCUCUGCAUAUCUUGUGUUCUGGGGAAAACAAUGGUGGUGUUGAUGGCCUUCAGGGCUACACUUCCAGGCAGUAAUGUCAUGAAAUGGUUUGGGCCUCUACAGCAGAGAGCCUUCAUCUCACUCUGUACUAUGGUCCAGGUGGUGAUCUGUGCUGUGUGGCUGGCUGUUUCCCCUCCCAGCCCACGCAGACUGAUGACACGUGAGAGUGCCUGUGUCAUCCUCCUAUGUGAUGAGGGCUCAGCCCUGGGCUUCUGCCUUGUGCUGGGCUACAUUGGCCUGCUGGCCUCCCUCUGUCUCCUCUUAGCCUUCCUGGGCAGAAAACUCCCAGACAACUUCAACGAGGCCAAGCUCAUCACCUUCAGCAUGCUGAUCUUCUGUGCCGUGUGGGUGGCCUUCGUCCCUGCCUACGUCAGCUCUCCUGGGAAGUACUCCACGGCCACGGAGGUGUUCGCCAUCCUGGGCUCCAGUUUCGGCCUGCUGACCUGCCUCUUCCUGCCCAAAUGUUACAUAAUUUUGCUGAAGCCUGAGAAGAACAACAGGAAACACCUCAUGGCCAAGUCUGAACCUGACAAGACAUUCUAGUGGAUCCUACAACGUCUAGAAUUUAUAUCAGGGAUGGGCAACUGACGGCCCA